AUGGGGCACAGAUUAUUUGAAUAUAUUUUGCUGUAUAAGGAUGGAGUGAUGUUUCAGAUUGAACAAGCCACGAAGCAGUGCUCCAAGAUCACCCUGAUGGAGCCCUGGGACCCUCUAGACAUCCCUCAAAACGCCACGUUUGAGGACCAGUACUCCAUAGGGGGGCCCCAGGAGCAGAUCACUGUCCAAGAGUGGUCUGACAGAAAGUCAGCUAGAUCGUAUGAAACCUGGAUCGGCAUUUAUACUGUCAAGGAUUGUUAUCCUGUCCAGGAAACCUUCACCAAAAAUUACAGUGUGAUAUUGUCCACACGGUUUUUCGACAUACAGCUGGGCAUUAAAGACCCCUCGGUGUUCAUCCCGCCGAGCACCUGCCAGGCGGCCCAGCCGGAGAGGAUGAGCGAGGACUGCUCCUGGUAA